ACGUCCGUAUGUGAUAGGUCCAAUUCAAAUAUUUGAGGGGAAAUCAUUUUCACCAUGGCUCCUGCUCUCCUCAACUACCUGUUUAUUCAGCUAAUAGUCCUCCCUAAAGGGCUCUCUCAGUUGGUGAGAACACAGCAGUUUGUCACAGCAACCCUGGGAGAAGAUGCAGUCUUAACCUGUGAGCUCAUGACACUCAAAGACGUGCGGCAAGUCACCUGGCAAAAAGAGACAAUUGGGGUGAAUGAAAAUGUGGCCACUUACAGCAAACGCGGUCCCCAUGUCAACCCACCUUUUCAGAGGAAAGUAGAGUUUGAAGACGAGGGACUGCAGAGCUGCUCUAUCGUCAUCAGAGGAUUGUCAAGAGGAGACGAGUCCUGCUACAAGUGUCUGUUUAACACCUUUCCAGAUGGACCUAUCAGCGGAAGGACCUGCCUCAAAGUCAAUGAGCUGUAUGGACCCUCACUCCUCAUCACACAAACCAACAACAGUCACACCACUCUGUCCUGUUCUGCUACUGGACGACCUGUUCCUAUAGUAACCUGGGAAGACACAGACAUUCUAGAAAAUUCCACAAUGGCCAAUGUCACCCAUCUCAAUGGAACUGUCACGGUCAUCAUAACUUCUAUGCUGGCAGCAUUCAGUGUACCUGACAAAGACACCAGGGUUGGCUGUAUGGUGUCACUGUUCUCUGGAGGUGUCACCAAGAACGUAUCCAUGGUUAUUCCAGCUAGAACUCAAGCUUCAUUUCCCGUUAAGCCAACAGGGAUUGGUGCAGUGAUGGUUUCACUGUGUCUCAUUGCUGUGUGCUGUGGAGCUGCUGUGGUACUGUGGUACAAACUGAGAAAUACAACAAGCCAAAUUCCCGCAGGCAAUGAACAGGAACAGCAACUAUCAACAGACAACCCUCAACGUGAUGACUGAAAUCCAGAGGUCUAAUCUAACAGACCUGAGCUCUAGGACCAUGCCUCAGGACUACCUGCAUGAUGACUCCUUGCUGUCCCCAGUCCACCUGGCCGUGCUGCUGCUCCAGUUUCAACUGUUCUGCCUUAUUAUUAUUGGACCAUGCUGGUAAUUUAUGAACAUUUGAACAUCUUGGCCAUGUUCUGUUAUAAUCUCCACCCUGCACAGCCAGAAGAGGACUGGCCACCCCACAUAGCCUGGUUCCUCUCUAGGUUUCUUCCUAGGUUUUGGCCUUUCUAGGGAGUUUUUCCUAGCCACCGUGCUUCUACACCUGCAUUGCUUGCUGUUUGGGGUUUUAGGCUGGGUUUCUGUACAGCACUUUGAGAUAUCAGCUGAUGUACGAAGGGCUAUAUAUAUUUAUUUGAUUUGAUUUUGAUACUGUUGUAUCAAUAUGUUUGGACCAUGACAGUUUACAAUCCAGGGUAACUCCUAGCAGUUGAGUGUGUUGUGUUGAGUCAUCCGCAUACAUAGACACACUGGCUUUACUCAAACAGCUACCCUGGAGAAUUCCUGAUUCUACCUGGAUUAUGUUUCCAUUAAAUAACACCCUCUGUGUUCUGUUAGACAAGUAACUCUUUAUCCACAUUAUAACAGGAGGUGUAAAGCCAUAAUACAUAUGUUUUUCCAGCAGCAGACUAUGACCGAUAAUGUCAAAAGCUGUGCUGAAGUCUAACAAGACAGCCACCACAAUCAUUUUAUCAUCAAUUUCUCUCAGCCAAUCAGUCAUUUGUGUCAGUGCUGUGCUUGUUGAGUGCCCUUCCCUAUAAGCGUGCUGAAAGUCUGUUGUCAAUUUGUUUACUGUGAAUUUACACUCUAUCUGGUCAAAUACCAUUUUUUCAGAAGUUUACUAAGGGUUGGUAACAGCCUGAUUGGUUGGCUAUUUGAGCCAGUAAAGGGAGCUUUACUAUUCUUGUGUAGCGAAAUGACUUUAGCUUCCCUCCAGGCCUGAGGACACGCACUUUCUAAUAGGCUUAAAUUGAAGAUGUGGCAUUAUCAUCGGCUAUUAUCCUCAGUCAUUUUCCAUCCAGAUUGUUGUCUAUCAACAAUGAGGGUCUGACAAUCAUUUUUUCACCUCUUCCAAACUGACUUUACGGAAUUCAAAAGUACUAUUCUUGUCUUUCAUAAUGUGGUCAGAUAUACUUGGAUGUGUGGUGUCAGUGUUUGCUGCUGGCCUGUCACACAUAAGUUUGCUUCUCUUGCCAAUGAAAAAGUCAUUAAAGUAGUUGGCAAUAUCAGUUGGUUUUGGGAUGAAUGAGCCAUCUGAUUCAUUGAAUGAUGGAGCUGAGUUUGCCUUUUUUCCCAAUAUUUCAUUUAAGGUGUUCCAAAGCCUUUUACUAGGAUUCUUUAUAUCAUUUAUUUUUGUUUCAUAGUGUAGUUUUAUUUCAUUUAGUCAUGAUUUCUUAAUUUGAAAUACGUUUGCCAAUCAGUUGGGCUGCCAGAUUAAUUGCCAUACCUUUUGCCUCAUCCCUCUCACCCAUACAAUUUUUCAAUUCCUCAGCAAUCCACAGGGAUUUAACAGUUUUUACAGUCAUUUUCUUAAUGGGUGCAUACUAAUUAGUAACUGGAAUAAGCAAUUUCGUAAAUGUGUCAAGUGCAGUGUCUGGUUGCUCCUCAUUACACAUCAAAGACCAGCAAAUAUUAUUUAUUUACCUCAUCAACAUAUGACUCACUACAAAACUUCUUGUAUGACCUCUUAUACACUAUAUUAGGCUCAGCCCUUGGAACUAUUCUAAAAUGGAUUAAAUAAAAGUGUGAUGAUCACUUUAAUGGUACUGUAUUUCAAACACUCUAGUCAGUUAUGUUUGUUUUAGACCAUAGCUGUCAAUACUUGACCGUUUUUACUUUUGUUUAAAAAUUAGAACUUGAGUGACUACUAUACUGUCUCAAACACAUCUGUGUCGUUCAAAGGCAUUGUGGGUACUGAAUAGUGGACUAAAUGGCUGACACACAGGCCUGCUGUUUAUUUUAUACUUAAAUACAGUCUGUAUGAAAAUGUAUUUUGUAGUUGGUUAAUGAUGAAACAAGAUGAAUCCACACUAGACUUAUGUGAGGUUUUUAUUCUUUACUGGGUUUUUUAUAAAUCAAAUGUUUAUAAAUCAAAAGUUAGGUACUUUAAUGGUGUGGCUGGUUUUCUUAAUUCUUCACUUUUUUUAAUCAAAUGCUGUAAGAUACACAAUGUUGUAAUAUACUUUGUUGUGUGUUUUUGUUUUCUACUUUUAUAAAUAAAAUGUUUAAACAAUG